AUGACCUCGCUCCGACCCGGCCACUCCGUCCGGGUGCUGGCGGUGGUUGCUGUGCUGGUGCUGCUCCCAGCGCCCAGCGCCGGCGCUGGUCGCUGGUUCAGCUCCGACCCACCCAUCAACCACACAGCUCUGACCACGCUGCAGAGCGGCUCUGUAAUCCAGUGUGGACUCCGCUGUCUCGUCGAGCCGCUCUGUGUGGGCCUGCGAGUGAGUGACCCUGACCCGGGUCUCGACCCUAGCCUCGACCCGGGCUUCACCUGCACCCCAGUGACCUGUCCCCCCGACUGGAGUGUCUUCUCCGGUGGCUGCUACCGCGUGUUCCCCGCCGUUCUCUCGUGGCCGGACGCCGAGCUCGCCUGCAACUCUGCCGGCACCGGCUCCCACUUGGUCUCCAUCAGUUCCGCAGCCGAGAACGACUUCAUCUCCACCCUGGCCCGGCAGGCGGGCGGCGUCUACUUCCACAUCGGCAUGUUCUGGCCGCUGGGCGCUCCUGCUGACGGCGCGCGCUGGACGGACGGUUCACCGGUAACCUACACCGCCUGGUACAGCGGGCAGCCCAACGAAAACCACAACGGCCUCUUCAUAGCCACUAACCUGGCGGCGGAGCUGCGAGAGUGGAAUGACAUGAGUCCGACUACAUUGCACGGAUACAUCUGCGAGCACCGGCUGCAGGGGACGGGGUAG